AUGGAGCAGGAGCAGGAGCCGCCAGAGUCUACACACCGCUCCGAUGGCUAUGCGUUUCUGAACCAUUCGGCAUCCACCGUCCACCAGAAUCAGCCACCAAUGGUCGAUGACAAACCGCUCGCUCGCCAGAAGCGUAAACGGACCAGGUAGAGUCCACGAUCAGGAAGCCUGCUCUGCUCGCUCUGGAUUCUAACGAGAUCAUCUGUAGUCAGGAAGACCAGACGGUAUUGGAGGCUGCCUAUCAGAAGGAUCCCAAGCCCGACAAAGCUGCCCGUCUUGAGCUCGUCAAGCAGGUUGCACUAGGCGAGAAAGAAGUCCAGGUAUUCCGCAGGCGCCUAUGUCCUUUCCUGGGUGCUCAGAUUUCUGACUAUCCCCGCAGAUAUGGUUUCAAAACCGGCGUCAAAGUUCUAGGCGCAAGUCAAGGCCUUUACUUCCACAUGAAGUCGCCCAGUACCAGAUGUCUCGAGUUGGUAUGCCGGCAGGCUCUUCGUCAUCCAGACAUGGGUCGCCUGCAACCGAUCAAGAUCACGAGAGUCAUGUCGAUGGUGCCAGCUCGAAAGUACCCGGGCCGACGAACGCUUCGUCUCAUAGCAGUGAGCCAAAUCCGAUGAAACCCGACCCUUCUGUCUCCCGUGCCGAUGCAGCAACUGAGCCCACAGCCACUGUCCACCCAACGUGCAAUACAUCGGAUGCGGUCGGGGCGUCUCCGGCCAACUCGCGGCUAUCGCUAUCAUCUUUGACUGGCACAUCUACACCAGAUCAACAACUGGAAGCUCGAACCAUAGGCUACCUUGCCAACCGACGAAGCGCACCACCAGUCCGCGAUGAUCUCACCAGUCAGAAUCCUUCAACAGUCACGCCCAAUGUGAGCUCAGACCGGAAACUCAAGAAGUCGGCUUCUCUUGUCCGUCUGUCAAUGAAUGCGGAGGGCAAGGCUGAGAUUGUGACGAAGGAUGCAUCUUCGCCAUCGCCACCACGACCCCAACAUAAUGUGCUUUUGCAUGACACCUCCGCGGUGUCGACUGCCGUACCGACGUCGGCACAGCCCUACGGCCAAGGCUUGCACAGGUCUACUAGUGGACGUUCUCGUGACUCCAGGGCGUGGGAAUUUUGGUGCGACAAAGAAGCUCGGAGCUCGCUUGAGACGGCAGCCGAAAGAGAUGCAAGUGGUUCAGCUACAGGCGCCAUUGGCCUGCUUCGCACCGCCUCGGGAAGGAACGUGCUCGGAUUGGUGCCAUCCAAGAGGAAUUCGGCGGCCGUGCAGCGUGUACAUCCUUCCAAGCGAUCAAAAUUGGAUCAAACGAGAGCGGCGCUGCAAAGGUCAAGCACCUCUCAAGGACGCCUUCAGGGUAAAGCAGGCCAGACGGUACCGAAAUUGAAACAUUCGGGGUCAGCAAAUCUCAUUCGCAGCCACGGCAAUGAUUCCGAUAAGGAGAAUUGGUCCCCUAGCACGGAUGGCGCAUCCGACUUCCUCAGCAGAGAUUCCAAUCCGACAGCACAGCGUAACCGCCAAGCAGGUGAUGAGCGUGUAAGUCGUCGAACAUUGGCGCAGACAGCCAAUGCACGCAGCAGGGCACACAGACCUGCAGGCGCAGACAUCGAGGACGAUGCCGAGUUGUCUGCUUUCAUGCGUGGAGGGAAAGAGAAUGUGUCAGCGGGCGAUGACAUGGAUUGUGUCCAAGGACUAUUGUCUCUCAGUCAGGGCAACUGGCGAUAA